GCGCCAUCAGCGGCAAAAAAAAGCUCUAAAUUGUAAAAAAUUUGCCCCGUGAAUUGGACUGCUGGAAAUACUUGACCGGUAAAAACGUACCACGUUUCUGCUGACGUUGAGCAAGAAAUGUUCCACGAGUUACAUUAAACUUUUUAAGCACAACACAGCACAAUAGUAAAAAAUGACAGUUGUAUGACAGUCCAUUUUUACUUUAACUAAAGUCAACUCGAAUUAAUUUGCAGUUUUCUGUUUAUAAUAACAAGAAGAGUAUUCACAAAAUCGGAAAUCGAAGAAUUUUAUGAGUUACAUUCCAAAGAGUGGAAUAAAGUAUAUAAAAUGCAUACAGUUUUAACAAGAGGAAAUGCUAUUUUGGCAUACACUGUUAGCGUCGCAGGGUUUUUGACGUUUUUUUGUUUUCUGACGACGGUUUUUUUGGACUACGGAACAAAUACAACUCUAAACACAGUCAAGGUUGUUGUGAAAAAUGUACCAGAUUAUAGUGCAUCUAGAGAAAAAAACGACCUGGGUUUCUUGACUUUUGAUCUUCAAACUGACCUCACUCCAUUAUUCAACUGGAAUGUCAAACAAUUAUUUUUGUAUUUGACUGCUGAAUAUAAAACUUCUUAUAAUGAAAUUAACCAGGUUGUGCUGUGGGACAAGAUUGUUCUACGAGGCGAUAAUGCUGUUCUUGAUUUUAAAAAUAUGAACACUAAAUAUUAUUUCUGGGAUGAUGGAAAUGGCCUGAAGGGCAACAAAAAUGUCACACUCAGACUAUCUUGGAACAUUGUACCUAAUGCUGGUCUCCUCCGCAGUGUUAGUGCAACUGGCUCACAUACGUUCGCAUUUCCAUCAGAUUAUACGACUUCAAGAGUCCGAUAAUACUUUGACAAAAAAAUUUUAAUUAAACAGAAAUGUAAAAUUUUAUCUUCAACAUCAAUUUUCGAAAUAGAUAAACAUUUAUAAAAAAUAAAAAAGUGGUUACUUAUAAAUUCAUAAUAAAAACAGGUGUUUGUAUAUAAAAAAUGAUAAAUAAAGCACAUAUUAUGAACAAUUCUA